GUCGGGAACACUGGAAGCAAAAAAAAAAAAAAAAAAAAACUGCACCAUGCGCCUCCACUGAGUAGGUUUGGAUUAAUCACCGGAAAGUCGUUUGUACUCAGACUCUAUUAAAUUAUGACAACGCCCUCCACACUGGACCAUACACUAUAUGUUUGUACUUUUUCUGCGGGUUUUUAUGGAUAAGCGUCGCCGUCGUUGCCCGCCUGUAAUGACGCUUCUCAACUACACAGAUGGAUUAAGAAAUCCAGCAAGUAUGGAGGUGUGAAUCGGAUUGGAGCACUUUUUUUUAACAUCCUGGUGGAGCUACAUUUUUCAUGUGGUGGUUUACAGACAUCAGCAUUUUAACUGAAGCUAAAUGAUGGCGUCACGGUGGGUUCCUUCUUGUGAAGACGAUGAGAGGCAACGAGCAAGAUCUUUCUGUGAGAGUGACUCUCCAGAGUGGAGGAGCUUGGCUGAUUCGGCCACAGCGCCGUACCCAACAGAUGAUGAGCCGUUCUCAUGGCCGAGGCCGAAAACUGUGCAUUUGCGUCGCACAUCCCAAGGCUUCGGCUUCACCCUUCGACACUUCAUUGUGUACCCGCCGGAGUCAACGCUGCACUAUUUUCAGGAGGAAGAUCAUGGCCGCAGAGCAGGAAGGCAGCGAAAUAGACUGGAACCAAUGGACACUAUUUUUGUGAAGCAGGUCAAGGAAGGUGGCCCUGCUCAUGGCGCUGGACUUUGCACAGGUGAUCGAAUAGUGAAGGUGAAUGGAGCAAGCAUCAUUGGGAAAGCUUAUUGCGAGGUUAUAUCUUUGAUCCAAGACAGUGGUGACUUCCUUGAACUUUGUGUGAUGCCAAAAGAUGAGGAUGUACUGCAACUGGCCUACUCCCAGGAUGCCUACCUCCGUGGCCACAGUAGCUACAGCGGAAAUGCCUGUCACAUUCCUAAUCCACCUCCAGUAUGCUACCCCAGAGUAGACUGUAAGCCUACGGGCAUGGCCCAGCCGACAGACUCAGCGGGGCAGGUCUGCCGAGCACCAACAGCACCUCCAGACCAUGGGUACCGUAAGGAGAUUACUGUGCCCCCAACACCACCUCUGGCAUCGUAUCCUAAGAGCCAAACAGCAGUGUGCAUGCGCAAUGACAGUGUAAGGACAGUGGUAGUUCCUCAUAAUACAGCCCAUAUGGGGCGCAUGGUUCCAGCACACAGGAUGGAAUUUAUGGAACCUGCCUUUGUUAGGGGGAGGCCUGGGUCACUGGCCCAGUAUCCUCAACCUCGAAAGGCAGAUGUCUAUCCCGGUGGUCCUGGAAUGGUCCCAUAUGGAGCUCAGGUGUCAAACUACCCAGGAAACCACCAGAGCAUUGAUUGGCGCACUUACCAGACAUACAGGGAGUACAUUGACAACAAAGGGAUCCAUUCUCAUGGUAGUCGGACUAUCCAGGAGAGGCUGGACAGUUUACGAGCUGCUGGUCAGGCCAGCUUUGGCCCUACUCAUCACGUUCUGCGGGGAGACUGGGGUCCUAAGGUCAUACGGCGAAGGAGUACUUCCCAUGACCGGUCAUACCAAGGACCUCCACCCCACCUUCAAGUCGCCCCUCGCAGUGCUUCACAGGAUCGCAUGAGCAGUGCAGAGAGGAUUAGUAAUGCAAGGAACUGGCCCCCUCGAAGCGUGUCCCAAGAUGGCCUAGUUCACAAAUCCCGGGCCCGAUCCACAGACUAUGUGGACCCUGCAGAGCUGGUCCGGCCCAGUGACAGGAGAGGGGGAUAUGGAAGGGCAGACCAAGGUACGAGGCUCAGUAGGCAAGCCAUUCCCAGGCAGGCCAUGGUCUACAGGCCUUCUGUGGGAUACAGUGGCGGUAUGAGGGGGCCCCCAGUCCCUUCUCUGUAUUCUAAAGGACCCGAUUCUCUUCAAACUCGCUCUUCGCCCAUGCUCUCUGACAGACCCUUACAUUUUGCAAAGAGUUCAAGUGUUGAACAUUCUUUCGCUGACCAAAGAGUUUCAGGCAAAGUUAGCCCUGCAGGCCAAGCCCUCCAGCAACUUCAAAGCAGGGUGCGGGCUGAAACCAUGCAACCUGUUGAGGUAGGCAGAGAUGCAGCAUUGGUAGGACCCAGAUCUUCUUCAUGCUCUGCUCCCAAAGAGAUGCCCCAGAGGCCUAGCAUCCUCAAACCACCUCACUUUGAUUCUCAGAGUCAAGUAAAUGGGCAAAGCCCCUCCGAGAGUAUCGUGGUUCUAAGGGAGAAGCCUCCGUCUGGAAAGAACCCCAGCCCCCUCCGGCAACCCUCCUACAUCCUGGCCGUCAAUGACGAUGGAGGUGACUCCACAGCCGAUGUGGUGGCGUGCUGGCUUCCUAACGAUGCACGUCGAGAGAUCCAAAUGCGCCGCCUUGGGGAACGGUGUAACACCUCCUGCUCCAGCAACCUGGACGAGUCUCUGGACUCCAUUCCAUUCAUCGAUGAGCCAGUCAGCCCCAGCGUUGACCGGGAAGCAGCUCCUAUUCCACCCUCUGCUGUUAUAUCUGUUGCGCCAUCCACAGCUCCCUCUGGUCAAGGCUCACCAUGUCCUCCCAUUCGACGCCAGCUGUCACAUGACCAAGAGUCCCUGCGAAGUGCUUUGCUGGAGUCUGACUCAACAAGCAAAACUGAGCGGUCCAAGUCCUAUGAUGAGGGUCUGGAUAUCUAUCAGGAGGAAAGCAGGGCGAGAUCUUCCAGUAAGCAUUUGCCCAGCUUCAGGGGGCUGAGAAAGGCUCUGGAUGGGCAUAAAUCAUCUGGGGAUUCUGGCUCUCGAAGGGACUCCUCUUCAGUGAUCUUCUCUGAUUCUUCCAGAGAAGGGUUGCUUAACUUUAGGCAGUUCAGUACAGAUAAAAAUAAGCGUGUUGGUGGGGGAAUGAGAUCAUGGAAGCAAAUGUAUGCUGUUUUACAAGGUCACACCCUGACCCUGUACAAAGACAGGAAAGAUGCACUGUCUCGCUCUUCAGGGCAAUCCGAGGAGGAACCACUGCGAAUUAGCAUCGAGGCCUGUCUGAUUGACAUCUCCUAUAGCGAUACAAGACGCAAGAAUGUGCUGCGACUAACCACCUCAGACUGCGAGUACUUGUUUCAGGCAGAAGGGAGAGAUGACAUGCUGUCUUGGAUCAAAGACAUUCAGAAAAACAGUAACCCAGAUGAAGAGAACGCAGCUGUGAGUCGGGACCUGAUCAGCCGAAGGAUCAAAGAAUACAACAUGAGUGCACCCAGCAGCAGGUCUGAACCUUCACCCAAGCCUGCCCGACAUUCGCUGAGCAUCAAAACGCCAUUCCUUGGAGGCAAAACAGAUGAUGAGUCCAGUCCACCACGGGACAGAGGUACUUGGAAAAUUGCCAUUCCAGGGAUCAUAAGGAAGCCGUUUGAGAAAAAGACUCCAGCUGGCAUCACGUUUGGUGUCCGACUUGAUGAUUGUCCAUCUGCACAAAGUAACGAGAAUGUUCCUCUCAUCGUGGAGGUGUGCUGCAAGGUUGUGGAGGAGCGAGGUCUGGAGUACACAGGAAUCUACAGGGUCCCUGGGAACAACGCUGCCAUCUCCAACAUGCAGGAGGAGCUCAACAGCAAAGGCAUGAAUGACAUCGACAUCCAGGAAGACAAAUGGCGGGACCUUAACGUCAUCAGUAGUUUAUUGAAGUCCUUUUUCAGAAAACUUCCAGAACCUUUGUUUACAAAUGAAAAGUAUGCAGAUUUUAUAGAAGCCAGCAGAAUAGAAGACUCAGUGGAGAGAUUAAAGGAGCUCAAGAGGCUGAUCCGUGAGUUGCCGAUUCAUCACUAUGAAACUCUGAAAUUCCUUUGUGCUCACCUCAAAAGAGUUUCUGACAACUGUGAAAAGAACAAGAUGGAGCCUCGUAAUCUAGCUAUCGUGUUUGGCCCUACCCUGGUCAGAACCUCUGAGGACAACAUGACUAACAUGGUUAACCACAUGCCAGACCAGUGCAAGAUAGUCGAGAACCUUAUUCAGCAGUUUGACUGGUUCUUCGCUGAUGAUGGUGACGAGGACCCUGUUACCACAGCAGAGCAGGAAAGUACAGUGCAGUCUCAGCCUGUGCCCAAUAUCGACCACCUGCUCUCCAACAUUGGGCGGACUGCACCCUCUCCUGGCGAAGUCUCAGACUCAGCAUGUAGUGAAACCUCCAAAUCAAAGGGCUUGUGGGGAUCAGGGAAGGAUCAGUGUAGCAAAGAAUUGAUUCGCUCCUCCUUCUUCGUUAACCGCAAACGCAAGAAGCCCAAGGAAAAAGUUCAGCCUAGCAGUUCAGAUGAUGACCUGGACCCUGUGUUUACAAAGAAGGAGCUACCAAAGGAGAGCCAACAGCAGCCUCUGUGGUCCCCGCACAGUCGGACCGAAGAGGAGGAGGAGGAGGAGCAGCAGACAGAUGAAACCAGCGAGAAGGAGAAGGAAAAGAACAGUUCUGAGGAACAGCUGGACAAAACCAAUAGGAAAGAAUAUCUCUCUAACAGCUCGAUGUCACAGCCCUCUCCCUCCCUGCCUCCAAAACGCAUUUCCUCCAAUCUUCAGACUGGAUCCCCCUACCCCUCUCCUACACAUUCCCCAGACCUCAGCUACCGCAUGCCGAUGGUUCACCAGUCCUCUCUCACGGACCCGCCGUCAAACUAUGAUGACACGGUGUCUGACCUCGGAACGAUGAACAGCACCAGCUCUCAAGCAUCAGUGCCCAGAAUGAGGCGUGGCAAGACGGUGGGUGCCCUGGGAGCAGAGAUGUGUCCCAGCGGGCUGGGAGCGGAGGUUUGCUCCAUUACCUCAGACUACUCCACCACAUCCUCCAUGACUUUCCUGACUGGAGCUGAGCUCAGCACCCUCAGUCCCGAAGUGCAGUCUGUGUCUGAGAGCAGGGGCGGAGAAGAUGCCGAUGAUGAGAGAAGCGAGCUCAUCAGCGAAGGAAGGGCAAUGGAGACGGACAGCGAGAGCGACCUGUCAGUGUUUACUGUGGGUAAAGCUGACCAGCGAGAACCACAGGAAGCCCUUCGACCCCUCCCCUCACACAGACUCAUUGAGUGCGACACACUCUCGAGAAAGAAAGCUUCCCAACAGAAAACCAACAGCGAGUCUUCUCUGGACGGCGCUCGUAGCGAUAAAGAUUCCACUGGACCGUCACGCUCUUCGGGGUCAGUUAAGGGUCGUUCCACCGCAAGCCUCAGCACUGCAUCCCGGAGUGAGCUGGACAAAGGAGAGCCCACGUGGAAGUUGAAGAUCACAGACCGACUGAAGGUACGCAUGCGAAUGUCUGUGGAUGACAUGUUCGGUGUGGGCAGCCAGAGGAUUCAGUCCUCAGAGGGCCGCAGUAAGAAGAAGAACAUCAGACGCAGACACACGAUGGGCGGGCAGAGAGACUUUGCCGAGCUGUCAGUUUUGGGAGACUGGCCGCAGCAGGUUCACAUCGGCUCGCGGUCGGAGCUCUCAGCUGUGGACCGGCUGAAACCUAAGUGCAGCUCUCAGGACUUCUCAAUCGGGGACUGGAUCGCCCGCGAGCGCCACCGAUCCAGCAAUCCCGAGGUCAGCCUGGACUUCUCUGAACAGCAGAACCCUGGAGCCUCGUCCUCUUCUGAACCCCCACAUCAUCCUGCUGAGGCACUAAACGGGGACUUCCCCCAGAGCAAAAAUCUGAGCCUCUCGGCCACCGCUCACCCACAUAAACUCACCAGUUCCCAGGUGGUCCAUUCGCGCUUCUAUCAGUACCUGUGAGAGGUGUGUGUGCGUGUGGCUGUGUGUGUUUUCGGUCUGUCAGGUGUGUCUCUGUAUAUGGGAGUCUGUCAGUGUAGUGUCUAUUGUGUGACCAAUGUCUAGUGAAUGAGCAUGUUGUACAAAAAUGUCUGGAGUGUGUGUCUAAGUGCUGCGUGUAUGCUUGUGAAAAGAGAAUUACUGCACACAAGGAUUGUUGAGCUUGCUCAUGUUUAAGGCAUGGAACAAAAUUUUAUCUUUUUUUCCAUUUUGUUUUUUGUUUGUUUUUUCUUUUUUAUAUUAAAAAUGACUUUGGGAUGGCCCAAGAGGAGGAUUUCAACCCUCCUUGUACAAGUCCCAGGUGUGCUAAAAAUCAAAAGGACCUGUUGCCCGUGAAACAACGAGUCUGAAGUACGUUCAAGGAAGUGUGAACACUCAAGUUAAGAUUGUUUAAAGGUUUAGCUAAGUGGCUUUAAGGAUGAACUGACUUAGGAUGAAUAGGAAGUAGUGGAAAAGUGCAGAUUUUUAGUAUUGCAGAGUAACUAUUUUUGCGUAAAGAAAGUUACAAUGUUCAAAGUCAGUGAGUCUGUCGGUAACCAAAUGAAGAAUGUACAGACAUGCUUGCUGUAAUACUGACUAAAAGCUUUAGAUGCUUGUGUUUCAUUCUAAAGUGUACAUAUCCCUAUUUUUCUGUGUACUUGAAUUGUGUUUUUGGUACAGCCUCUGUGCGUGCGUGUGUGUGUGCGCGCGUGUGUGUAUGACUGCCUACAAGCUGUCUGCUGUCAAGGGGCCUUUCCAAAGGUACAAAGGUGACAAGGAGACACUGGUCUUAUGCAAAUGGAAAAUAUAGUUCAUACUCAUCCCUGCUGUGUGGUUUAAAGAGCAGUGAACAGCAUCCCUCUGAUGCAAGCUAUGUUUUAGUGUUCAGAGUUCACACGUCUGUCAGCGACUGCAACGAAGAGAGAGUUGGGCAAAGAAGAAAAUGGGUAAUCGAACCAGAAAAAUCAAGUUUUCUUCACUAAAGAAAGUGCCUCACAAUGAAAUGUUAAGGGUGCCAUAUUGUCUUUGUUGAGAUACACGAAGAUGUUACUGUGAAUGACAUUUUUACUGUUGACUCUCAGUCAUUCUACAGGUUAAGAAAAUGCCGAGCUUCCAUUCCUUAGGCAUUCCACUCUGGUCUUAAUGUUUUAUACGUACUUUAUCCUGUUUUUUCAUUUGUUUUUUUUUUGUUUUGUUUUUUUUUAUUUUAACAGAACUUGAAUUUUAAAUAUUCAUUGUAAAAUAAGUAACUUAAAUGUACAUAUAAAUGCCAUGUUUUAGCUGCUUUAUUUUUCAUUUCCAUCAGAUUGCAAGUUUAAGUACAGUAUUGAGAAAUGACAACAAUGACGAUGAUGAGGAUGAUUAUCUCGAGGCCUGUGUGGGUGUUGUGGGCAGUUUGGUACUUCUCUGUGAUGAGAGGUUCCCUGCAGGAGGAGGGCACUUCAUUGAGCUGGAUUGUUUGUAUCAGUGCAGUGUUCCUCUUGAUUGUAAGGGGGUGUGCACAGACUCCUGAAACACUGGAAAUAAAAUUUUGUCAAUGGCAAAUAUC